UUCACUCCCCGCGAUCCCGGACGCCAUUAGCAACAAGCACCACAGCUCUCAGCGGCUUCUAUCUCCCGCGGAAGCUACUACCGUCUGUUCUCUGCUCGAUCUGUGCGCGGGCGAACAAGUUAAUUAGGUGGCUGGGUGUGCUCGGCGACCGUCAUGGCCGACGACUCAUCGUCCCCGGCGUCUUACAUCCGACUGGUGCAGCAUCUGAUCGAGAAGUGCAUCUGCUACGACAUGAACAAGGAGGAGUGCGUGCAGGCGCUGGAGAAGCACGCCAACAUCAUGCCCGCCGUCACAUCCACUGUGUGGAAGGAGCUGGAGAAGGAGAACAGGGAGUUCUUCGAGACGUACAAGAAGGACCGAGGCGGUGAGUCGCCGUCGCAGAAGGGCAGUCCUUCAGACCAGGCGUCCACCUCAAGGAGCUCAGACGAUAACGACGACGACUAGGGGCCGGAUCCAUGCAUAUAUGCAUGGCACUACACAAAAAUAAAAUAUAUGAGAGUGUGUGCGUGUGUAAAUAAAUCCCAGCUAGCCACGCCACGCACGUACCCCAGGCUCAGCUCCAGCUGGAUGAUUCACCGGGCAAGCAUACAUUCAGUUGCUUGGUCCAAAAUCGAAAAGAUUCAGGAUCACCAAUCCACCGGAGCGUCUGGAAUCUUGUAUGCAUACUAGUAUGCCAUGUUGUACACGUGGCGGAGGAAAAUGUGGACGUCCGGAGGAGACGACGGACGUACGCGGGCGUUGCGGUCUGUAAUUUGUACCCAUCUGUACAUACUCCUUACAUGUGAGCGGCGACUAGCUUGUUGCUGUCA